AUGGAGCCAACCACCUCCAACAAACGUAAAAAGCCCGACGACCAGGAUCACCAUCCCAUCACUUUGAAGAGAUUCGAAUCGCCACGACCAGUUCAGAACAUCUUCAUGUCCAGUGGAGAAGCGUUUCCGAGCAUACUCAGCCUGUUACACCCCUCGGGGAAUCAUGUGGCUGCACCGACAAGCACCGACAAGCACCAGGUGUCCUCCUUCGAAUUCGGGGAUAUAGCACACUUGGCUAUCAAUCUGCAAAAGAAAGACUUACCAACCUUGAAUGCGUUACUCGAGGACAAAAUCUUUCGAAUCGCCUUACAAGAACGAAAAUUCGACUAUAUGGCCCUUAGUAUUCUAGUCUUCUUCAAGCAAAACGCAGGUCUCGCGUUCAAACUCGGUAUUGCUCUAGCGAAUCUAGAUAGUAGUAGCUCAGAAUACAAGAAAGCUACAUCCAACGAGGUGCUACAACGCACUUUGUUCGAUGCAUUGUCCAACGUGGCCCAAGACCGCAAAGUGGAAGCAUGGAAAGCGGUUUUCAGUCAUCAACUCUUCCAACAUCGACGCACUGUGGAUAUGCCCUGGGAUGAGGAAGAGGAAGUACAAAUGGAAGCAUGGCGUGCGGAGUUCGUUGGCAAGAGCCAUUGCGUCCUUUGGGAACACCUAGUGAGGUCGUGCUCAGCACCUGACAAGGAGAACAUGUACGCUUUCUGUUGCUCCAUCGUCGAUUCUUCCGGAAUGGGCAAGUCGAGACUGGUGGAAAAAUUCAGGUAUCCACCGCCAGAUGACGAUGCUCGAGAUUUUCUCACAGAAGACAUAUGGGGACAGAAUGAUUAUAACCUGCGCGUGCGGUCAUUCCUCAUAGCACUAUUCAUAACCACGCGUCGUAUUUUGGAAAAGCAGUAUCAGGAUGCGUCUACUACAGGAGAAGGCGUAGUUGCGAGAUUCAUGCAUGACCUAUUUGAGGAUGGAGGGUUAGAAAUGAGUCAUGGGGACAAACGGCAUGAGUUCUAUAGGAUUGUCGUCCUUGGACAAGACCCUUGGGAAACCGGGCUGUUUGGAACAGACACAAAAGGCCCUUUUCUCACCCUCUCAUGGGACGAAGCCCAUGCUCUUACCAAACGAGAGUAUAAUAGAUCAAAGGAGACGUAUUGGACCCGAUUAGAUGAAUUUCGGCGAGUGCUUAGAGAUUGUGACCGGAGCGGUAGACUAUUCUCUUUGUUUCUCUCCACCAACCCCAAGAUAGACGAGUUCUCUCCCAAGUCGCCUGCAAGAGGUGAACGAGCACUAUACCUCCCGGAUCCCUUUAUCACCCUCGAUUUUGACCAAGGCGCACAUGGCCUGGUAAACCCAGAGAGUGGUUUCAAACUCUCAGAGGCUAUACAGCCGCAGUGGAUUGUAAAGUUUGGCCGACCUUUGUAUGUUUGGCAUCUCGCUUUGACAACCAUUAACCUUUUGGCUAGAUGGUAUACUCGAUAUGAAAAUGGCAACAAAACAGUGAAAACCCGUAUCUUCAACUUUGGCAUGGCAAAGCUACUUUGCAAGAGCAGCAUUGAUGAGAAAACGUUUCCAACUCGGCAGGAUAUCUUGGCGAUCAUGGGUCUUCGAUUGGGCCUACAGCUCGGUACACAAGAUGGAUCUGGCGCGUAUAUUGCCCAGGAACUUGUAGAACGCCACAUGCGUCUCAUUGUGCGGUUGAAUGCAAAUUUACAAACGAUCAUGACAAACGCACCCUCUGAGCCCGUGCUUGCAGAGGCAUCGAUUCGAUUAAUGCGGCUUUUGACGAGAUUCCGACCAGUGAAAGCUCUGCAACAACUAUUCGAGGAUCCGCUCCACACGAAAGGGGAGAGAGGUGAGUUUAUAGCUGCCCUUUUGCUCCUAUUGGCAAGAGAUGAGGCACAACAAGAGCAAGAGGGGGGCUGCGCCAAGAUCCCGGUGACGAAAUUGUUGGAGAAAUUGCUGGGUGAAGAAGUGCUUAAAUUCUAUCCUAAUGUUUCUACACCAGAGAAGGAAGCCAUGACGCUGGAGGAUGCAUUCAAAGACACAUACGUGCACUUCACACACGCAAUUAUCGUACAAGGUCAACGCGCUCCGGGGAAGGACAAGAUAUGGUUGGUGGUAGCACGAGGAGGCUUACUCAUUUGUGCCACGGAUCAAUGGGGAUUCGACCUCUUGAUACCUGUCGUUCAGGGAGACAUAGUGAACGAAAGCACUGUGACCGUGAUAUUGAUACGAGUUAUGAACGACACAGCCAGCGAUUCGCAAUGCGUGCGACUCUUCGAUGGCAUGGACCCGACGUAUACUGGCUUUCUACCCCCAUUUCAAGAGCCGAAAACGUUUGAACAUCCCUUCAUUCGCAUUGUGAUGGCGCUUCAGGGCUCACAGAGUGGGGUUACACCGCAUAUUCUUCCACCAAACAAGCGAAGUGACUAUACAACAUAUGACAUGGUGUGCCGAGGCCUCACACACGACACGUACAAAAUCAUCGACAGGGAAGAUGAGAAAGAUUGGAAAAGAUGCCUGGAUAUUUUGGGGGGAUACAACGAGUAUCUUAAGCAUCCAGAUGGAAGGGAUAUGAACCCCGAGGAGGCGAGGACGACCGCUUCGCGAGCGCCUGGUUUGUUCUCUGUAGAAGAAUUUCCAUAUAAAUGGGUAAAGAAGGAGGACAAAGGUGUUGAAGGUUGA